AUGUCCUCCUCGUGGAUAAAGUCGCUUCGCGACAGGGCCGCACAGACCGGUGGAUCAAAAGUGCCCGAAUCCCUGUACCAGACCGAUUGGUCUCGGUCGUUGGCGAACGCUCAGCUCAGCAGCGCUGGUACCUUCAAUGAGGGACUUCUCGCUGGUCUCGCCCUCCCAGGCGAGGUCACCGCCAUGGCUUUCGACCCCGUUCAGGGUUUCCUUGCCGUCGGCACCACCCUCGGCACCAUUCACCUCUUCGGAUCGCCCGCUGUACAGCUGGCUUUCUCGCUUCGACCAGCUCACAAAGUGAACCAUCUUGCCUUCAAGUCAGAUACUGGCCUGCUGGUCUGCAUCGAUGAGAAGGAUAACAUCAGCAUCUACGACUUGUCACGACCCGACCCGCAGAUCAGGGCCGCCCAUGGAUCGUCCAGCAAUCAGUACCGCGCUACGAGCGCUGCGACAGGACACAGCAUCGCAGGUCCGCCCCAUCCUGACACACCACAGCGAGUCGGAAUGCAUACCGUGCGCAACAAGGUGAUGUGCAUCGAAGUGUCGUCCGCCCAUUCUCAUAUGUUUCUCGGUCUCCGCGACGGCACCGUCGACGCCUUUGACCUCGAUCGAAUGUGUCCAUCUCCGUACCGAGUUCCCAAUCUUUGGUGGGAGGAGGAAGAGAUUUUGCGCAAGUCUGGCGUUCCGGAUGCACCCAACCGUCGCCACAUUCCACUGAUCAUCGACAUCAAGACUCAUCCCAAGGAUAUCAACCAGCUGCUCUUGGCCUAUGAGGGAGGUACCAUCCUGCUCGACAUUCGUGAGCGUGCCGUCCUCAAGACUUUCCAGCUACGACUGCUGCCAGGUGCGCUCGGAGCUGGUGGCAACGCCGACUCGGUAUGGACAGAACGUGCACCUCCAGCCACAUGCAUCGCAUGGCGACCGGAUGGCGAAGUCUUUGCCAUGGGCCAUGAAGACGGCUGUAUCUCUUUCUGGUCUAUACGCGACGAUGACAAGCCCAUCAUGGUCCGUACUUUGGAUCACCUCGACGUGGAAAGACCCGUCACGGAUCCAGCUCUCUUGGAGGUGCGCCGGCCGCCAACGGAACCCAUCUUCAAAAUGACAUGGUCUGCAUUUCCCGAAAAGGGCUGGAUCGACAUGGCCAGUCAAAGUGCCGCUGGCUGGCAGUCGCAGCCGCGUCAACGCCAUUCCUCAUCAAACGACCCCACCGGCGACACAGUCAAAGGCACGGUGCUCACCGUUCUGGGUGGUGCCAAACCUGGCAUAGACUCGUCCGGUCUUUUCACAGCCAACCUCCCUUCCUACAGCAGCAGCCUCACUCUGUGGGGAGGUGGCUCGGCCGAAACCAACCACAAGCUACGUGUCUCUCUCCACGAUUCGCUGAUUCCAACCUCCGAAGCUGUCUACCCCACACCGAGCGUCGUUGAGGAUUUUAUGUUGCUGCCCAAGAGCAACCCGCACUAUUCCGGCGCCUACGAUCCUUCGGCGGUUGUGAUGCUCCUCGCAGCCGACCCAACUCUGCCGACCUUGCCACCACCUGCUGCCGCGCGCGGCCUUAUUUGCUAUGCAUUUCCUCCUCAGCCACGAUCGUCCGCCCCCGCACCACAACCAGCACUCGGCUCCGAACAGGAACAACACCAUCGUUUUGAGGCCUCUCGUCACAGUCCACAGAAGGAGCUACAUCUCCCUUUGCCUCUUACGUUGUCGGGCGGAGGCGCCAUCCUUGGUGCCAAGCUAGAAGAACUGGCACCUCAUGCCUACCGUAAGCUGGUCGGCCCUCUCGAUGUGACGGGCCUAAACCAGAAGCAAGAACAGGAGGCUGCUGCUGCCGCACUGCGCUCAUCAUACAAUGACAGCAAGCCACUGCUCAAGUUGGCUGGAGGCAAAGCUUCGGCGUGUUUGUCCGGCGACGGCACCGACGGCAUCCCGGAUCUGCUGCGCGCAGCUAAGUUCCGCAUCCUUCUCACGUGGCAUCUCGACGGCACCGUGCGAUUCUAUGAUGCAAGUCCGCACUUGCUCCUAAUGGGCGAAGUCGAUGAGGCAGAACUGCGCAAUCGCUCAGGAGCCCGACGCGUCUGGCUGCAGCAGGGCUUCCCUUCGCCUUUAGCUCACCUGACCAUCGACAUCAGAAAUCUGUUGCGCGAUCCUUCGAUGGUGGGUCAUCCCUCUUUCGAUCGAGCCCGUGGCAGAGCCAGUAUACAAGACGUACACUUCGCUGCCGAAGUCCUCGAGGCCACUGUGGCUCUGUCUACGGGACAAUUGGUGCAUUGGCGCUUUGGAUUUGCUCAGCUGAGCGAAACCGAAGCCAUUCACGAACAAGUCGAACAAGACAUCCUCAAGGAGGAAGCGAACCUCGCGAUUCCGCCUGUCACAAGUCCGCGUCAGGCAGGAAGAUCCUCGCUUUCCCUUGCUUCUCCACGUUCCUCGACCGCCGCUGGCUCGUCGAGUCUUCUUGAUGCCGAGAUGUCACAAGCUAUGAGGGAGCUGGGCGUUGAGAACGGCCGCGAUAAUACAGCAGGCGGGAUGCCGUUUGACACGGCUGCUUCAUCCGCCCACGGCGCAGAGCCCUCUACAGGUGUCCCACCACCUCGCCCGCGACGGGACCCCAAGAGACUCAGCAAGCCUGACAUGCCCGAUAGCAGUUCGGCUCAUGGUUUCGCUAGUCAAAAUGGGUCGACAUCUGCGUAUCCAGCGACAGCCUCUUCCUUUGCGCCUCGGGGCCCCAAUGACUCCUUACCAGCAUCGACGGACCACGACGAAGUCGUCUUCCUUCACCACCUCGCGGAUCCUAGGCACGACGGUUUCAAGCCCAACCUGAUGCUCGAUCCUAUGCGAGGUGAAGUUUCGGCGUUUGCCGCUAGCAAUAUCGGCUUCGUGGCGGUGGCUUGUGGGACGGCAUUAGCCGUCCUGGACUUCCGCAGUGCCGAACUAAUUCUCAAAGAUGGAUUCGGCGACCAGCACGACACUGCACAUGGCGAUCAUGUCGAUGACAAGGCCCUGCGCAAGACGUUGGAGGCCGAAUCGAGGAGUCCGAUCGUUCAUCUCACCUUCAGCGUCUGUCGCGUCGCUCAGGAUCCAAGUCUAGCUCCGCGUCUCAUCGUGGUGCGUGCGAAUGGACUGACCACUGUUUGGACGCUGCAGAGGACGCUCGACAUGUGGCUGGCAGAGCGCACAAUCACGCAAAAGCUCGAGGAGAUGAGCGAGAUCCGAGGUGUCCGUAUUCUCGAUCUCGACGGUCGAAGUCGUGCGGCUCUUCCCAAUGAUCUGCAACAAGCUUUGCGAGAGCAGGAGUAUGGUCCGGUUGGGACCAUGGCCGAAUCUUCGCUGCCGCCUGCCGACGUACUUUUAGGCUUCACAGAUCGGCAAGUGACUCUUCGGUACGGUGUCACCGGAUCUGUCGUUGCUCGGGCCGAAGUAGGAGAGCAAGUAUUGGGUUGUGGCGUCAUUGAACGAUUCCAAGACAAGGUAGCCGCGGUAGUUACGCAGACGAGCAUCCGACUGUUCAGCCUCCCUCGACUGGAAGCAAUCGUUCGUCUACAACGGCACCAUCGUACGGUCGGCGAGGUGCAGAGCAGGAAGCCGUCCAUCUCGCUUGACCCGCACGGUGAUUUCGUCGAGGUCUGCAGCAGCCUCGACGUGCGUCUCUGGACCACGUUUGCGUCUCUGCGACGACCAGGUCAGCCGAAUCUGACGCUGUUCAACCCGGCACGCAGUCACGCGAUGCCGGUGCACCCAGGGGCUGCAGGAUCAGCAGCCGGAGUUGCGACCAGCAUCGCGGGUUGGUUCGGGACCAAGACGACGGGAGUGCUCUCGGUCGGUGCGCAGAUGGACGGGGUGCUUGCGGGUCCCAAGCGGCCGGACCCGCCGAAGCUUGGCGAGGCGCUGCCACCACGCGAUUAUCGACCGCCUGCGGAGCCGGCCGCACAGGAGCAAGGCGGACGAGAGCGCGUGGAGGAGCGCGCUGCCGGGUCGAGCCUGCCCGCGGUGAGAAGGGAUGCGAGCAAAGCCAAGGCGGUCGCCGCGUCGACGGAGUCAGCAUGGCAGACGGGUUACCAGAACAUCGAUCUUCUCAAGGCACGUGGCGCCAUGAUGAGCGGCAUCGAAGACGGAUUGACAUCGCUGGAACGCGGAGCAAGCGACUUCCUGAAAAGCACGCGCGAAGCAGCCGUCAAAGGCGCUGCCAAGGAUAAGCUCAACAAGAUGUUCUUCUGA